AUGAAUCCUCUUAUGAGCCCCUGUAUGAUUGAAAAGCAAUGGCUUAUUAAAUCUAAAAUGGGAAAUAUUGAAGAUGACUAUGAUUUUGACUAAAAGAAAGAUAAUUUAGGUGAAGGAUCAUAUGGUGUUGUAUAUAAAGCUACCAUGAAAUCAACUGGAUAAAUUAGGGCUGUGAAAGUUAUUAAUAAAAGCAGAGUAAAACAUUAAGAGCGCUUAAAAAAUGAAAUUGAAAUUAUGUCAACACUGGAUCAUCCUAACAUUAUCAGAUUAUAUGAGACAUAUGAAGAUCAGAAAAAUAUUUACUUGGUUAUAGAAUACUGUGAAGGAGGAGAACUUUUUGACAGAAUAGCAGAAAGAGGCUACUAUACAGAGUAAGAUGCUGUUGCACUAUUUAGAUAAAUUAUGAGUGCAAUCAAUUAUUGUCACUCUCGAAAAAUAUGUCAUAGAGACUUAAAACCUGAAAAUUUCUUGUUUUGCACUAAAGAUGACAACUCAAUAAUUAAGGUAAUUGAUUUUGGUCUUUCUAAAACAUAUGGGCAAGUUUUAGAUUCUCCUCUCAAAAAGAAGCCUUUAGAAUUAACUCAAGUACAAAGCGGCGUUAUGAAAACUAGAGCAGGAACACCAUAUUAUAUUGCUCCAGAAGUACUUGAUGGUAAAUAUGAUGAAAAAUGUGAUAUCUGGUCAGCUGGUGUUACUUUGUAUAUUAUUCUUUGCGGCUAUCCCCCAUUUUAUGGAGAAACUGAUAAGGAAAUUCUACAAGCUGUAAAAAAAGGAGAAUAUGAAUAUGAAGGCGAUGAAUGGGAUAUUGUGAGCGAUGAAUGCAAAAACUUAAUCAAAAAAAUGCUUAGUAAGCCAGAGCUAAGAUUCAGUUCAGAAAUGGUUAUGGCCUCCAAAUGGAUAUAAAAGUAUAGUCCUCCAAUUAAAAAUGAUGCCAAAAUUCCAUUUUAGAAGAUUAAAUUAUGGAAUACUUAUCCCAAGCUCAAAAAGCUAGCCCUAAGCUAUAUUGCUUCAUAAAUGAGCAUGUUUUAGAUAUAACCCAUAGCUAAACAAUUUAUUUUGAUUGAUAAAGACUUUGAUGGCUGCUUGACUUUAUAGGAGCUCAUAAAUGGAACAUAAGACUCUCAAAACCCAGAAAAUUAAGAAAUUAUUAAGCAAACAUUUAAAUCUUUUGUUUCAUAUUUACCAAAUAAAAUAGCAUUUACAGAUUUUGUAGCUCUCGUUAUGGAUUCCAGCAUUUAUUUGAAGGAUAAUAUAAUCCGCCAAGCCUUUAAAAUUUUUGAUAAAAAUAACAUUGGUAAAAUAUCUCCAAACCAUCUUAACGAGCUCUUUUUGGAUAAUGCAUAUUACGCAAAGAAAAAAAUUGAUUAUUGGGUUGAUAUGGUAAAAUGCUGUGACUUCAAGAAUGAUGGAGUGAUUGAUUACGAAGAAUUUAGCAAAAUGAUCUAUGAAAAUAGCGAAUAAAUGUAAAUAAGUGCUUGA